UGUCAAAGGAGCAUAUCGCAUUUUGCCGCUUUUCCGACUCUUCGUUCGUUCUAAAUUCUAAUCUUCCUAAACUGAACAAACUCAUUUGUACUCUCACUCAUUUCCUAGCUUAGCUUGUUUCUCAUUUCCCAAUCAAUCAUGCGUAGAUUUCUAUCAAAAUCUAACUCUUUCAGAAAUCCCAGCUUCACAUCCAUCUAUUCCCAGAAUUCCCCAGAAACCCAUCUCUGCAACAAUCCAACUCUUUCAAAUGGGUCCUCCCAAAUUCUCCAUUCGGGUCGUAAUUCGAGCUCUUUAGUUCGUUUCGGACGAGUUUUCUCAUCUGGGCACGGGCGAAACUUUUCCGGCUUGAGGAAUUUUUCGGCUCAAUCGAGGAGUUUCAAUGGUGAUCAGCCGGAGAGGGAAUCCAUCGAAUAUGAUGUUGUUAUUGUUGGGGCUGGACCUGCUGGUUUAUCAGCCGCCAUAAAACUGAAGCAGUUGUGUUGUGAAAAGGGUGUGGAUUUAUCAGUUUGUGUUGUCGAGAAAGGCGCAGAAGUUGGUGCACACAUCCUUUCUGGGAAUGUUUUUGAACCUCGGGCCCUAAAUGAACUUCUUCCUCAGUGGAAACAGGAAGAGUCACCAAUCUCUGUCCCUGUUUCAUCUGACAAAUUUUGGUUUCUGACAAAGGAGCGUGCGUUCUCUCUGCCAUUACCUUUUGAUAAUAAAGGAAAUUAUGUCAUAAGUCUGAGUCAGUUAGUACGCUGGAUGGGAGCCAAGGCUGAAGAACUAGGGGUAGAAAUAUACCCAGGUUUUGCUGCUAGCGAGAUAUUGUAUGACGCAAAUGACGUUGUUGUUGGCAUUGGAACUAAUGACAUGGGAAUUGCAAAAGAUGGUUCGAAGAAGGAAAAUUUUCAGCGUGGUGUAGCACUUAAAGGACGAAUAACUCUUCUAUCUGAGGGAUGUCGAGGGUCAUUAUCGGAGGAACUAAUAAAGAAGUUCAACUUGAGAGAAAAGGGUCAUGGUCACCAUCAGACUUAUGCUUUGGGAAUUAAAGAGGUAUGGGAAAUUGAUGAGGGAAAACAUAAUCCCGGGGCCGUGCUUCACACUUUGGGUUGGCCUUUGGAUCAAAAGACAUAUGGGGGAUCAUUUCUCUACCACAUGAAAGAUAGACAGGUUUCUAUUGGUCUUGUGGUUGCUUUAAAUUAUCGCAACCCAUUUUUGAACCCUUAUGAGGAGUUCCAGAGACUUAAACAUCAUCCUGCAAUUAAACCAGUACUGGAGGGUGGCACUGUUCUCCAAUAUGGAGCUCGCACUUUAAAUGAAGGCGGUUUUCAGUCUAUCCCAUAUCCAGUUUUUCCGGGAGGAGCACUUAUUGGAUGUUCAGCCGGCUUCUUAAACGUUCCUAAAAUAAAAGGAACUCAUACUGCAAUGAAAUCAGGAAUUCUGGCAGCAGAAGCUGCAUUUCAUGCUCUUCAUGAAGGCUUGAGCAUGGAAGCAUACUGGGAUAAUCUACAGAAUUCAUGGAUAUGGGAAGAACUAUACAGAGCCCGGAACUAUCGACCAGCAUUUGAAUAUGGACUCUUUCCUGGUCUGGCCAUCAGUGCUCUUGAACACUAUAUACUGAAAGGGAAGUUUCCGUUCACACUGAAGCAUGGAAAACCCGAUCAUGAGGCAACAGAUGUUGCAAAACUACACCGUCCAAUUCAUUAUCCAAAACCAGAUGGGGUUGUGUCUUUCGAUGUUCCCACCUCUCUACACAGGAGCAACACUAAUCAUGAACACGACCAACCAGCUCACCUGCGCCUAAGGGACCCGAAAAUUCCUGAAUUUGUAAAUCUGCCAGAGUACGCUGGACCUGAGUCACGCUAUUGUCCCGCACGCGUAUACGAGUACAACCCAGACGAAGAGGGUCGGCUUAGGUUGCAGAUCAAUGCUCAAAAUUGUCUGCACUGCAAGGCAUGUGAUGUCAAAGACCCGAAGCAAAACAUAGAGUGGACCGUGCCUGAAGGAGCCGGUGGCCCCAAAUACUCUGUUAUGUAGAAAUAAGCAAUGCUCUUGUUUUUGCCAGCUGAGGAAUAAGGAUAUAGAACUAUGUAUAUAUACUUGAUAUUGAUGCUCAGUACUACAAAAUAAAAAGUAAAUCACAUGCAACAUC